AUGGGCCGCAGCUCCUCCCAAUAUUUGGAUCCAGUUUUACAAAGAGUAGAUUGGAAGGAGUUCAAAACAAGCAGAGGCAUUGAACAUUCUGUCCUUGAGCCAUUGCUUAUACCUCCAAGGAAGGUACUGUCCCCCCAGGAAUCACCCUCCGGCGAGUUGUCCUCUGCUAGACUGUGGUUGUCAUCACAUUCCAGCGCAUUUGGUACCCGGCAUGGCCCAGAUAAAUUACUGAGCCAGCUCUAUAAAGCCAAGAAGGUUCAAAAUGUGUGCCCACCCAUUGCGCCACUCUAUGAAAUGACAGAUCCAGUGUGCAUCACUUGCCUGUUAAAUGGUGUAGCUGUCCCAACGCUGCUUGCUUGGACGUUCAGCUCUUGUCCAAUGGGUUGUACCCAGCAAGUUGGGCUGAGGUCUCUAGCAUUGUUUGCCCGACUUGCCCUUAGCUGGCACAUGAAGUCAAAAAACCCCCAUGAUGAUGUCCCAUUAGCCAAUGGCACAGCAUUCUUGACAGCAAACCAACCAUACAUGCAGCACCUCAAAAUUGCCAAAGAAAAUAAGGUGGAGUCUACUUGUAAUGACCACAGAGCUGUAAACCUGGCAAACAAGGACUGGCAGCACCUCAUUGCUACCGGGAUUGGUGCUACUGCCUGUGCCCAGCAUGGAGUAUUUUGCUUGGGUGCCAUAGUGGAUUUUCAGAAAGGUGAACACCAAGUGAACAUGGACUAUUCCCUGUGUCAGGCCUUGUCUUUAUUGGCUGGGAUUAACUCAGUCAUAGUCCUCUACAAUAUAAUGUGCCAAUACAGUAAACACUUCUUGAAGAGGGUUCUUGAAGGUCCUUACCUUCAGGUCUCCAGUGGUGUAUCCAUAUACAAGGGCAUUAGAUUAUUUCAUGUGCAUGGACAUCAAGACAUCUGCUUCCCAAGAUACGCCCCUAAAUUCAUCCCCAAGGCCAGGCAGGUUGAUGUCCCAGCACUUUGCAAGAAGUUCAAAAAGGUUCAACAAGGCUUGCCAUCAAGCAAGAUUGCAUUCAAAAACAUCAAUUCCACUGCAGACUCCAAGGACACAGAGGCCCGGAUUGCCCAGGAAAAAAAGGCACAGCAAAACCAGCUGCAUAAAGAAGACACCAUGAAUAUAUAUGAACAAAGCAAAAAUUCAGCUGCAUUUAUUGCAACAGGAAACAAGAAAUGGAGUGGUUUAAGAAACUGCUGCUUAGUUAUCAGUGGGUCUGAAGUUGGAAGAGACUCAGAUACAGCUGCAAAUCCAAACUCCAACGAAGACAACAAUGCAAAAGACAUAAAUCUGUUUGACCUCUCGGGUUCCUUUGAUGGCGGUAAUGAGCCUAUUGAGAGGAGAAAAUUGGUGUUACCCUCUAACUUAGGAAAAGGCACUUGCAAAAUUGAAGGCCUACACCAUCUAGUAAGCCAGGAGCUUACACUCCGGGAAGGUCAGGCCAACUACACCUUGCAUCAGAUAUGUAUCCUACUGGGUCAAAAGUUUUUUUUGUUCAGGAUGAAGGUGAGAGCGGCCUGGGGCUCUCUCUCAGAAAAAAAGUUGAAGGCUUGGGCAGAGGUUACCCACAUGGAAGCCAACAUCAAAGUCCACUCAGCCAUAUAUAAGAGAGCCCAGCAUGUAACCAUAUCUCUGGGGUGCUGGGCAGAAAUAUUUAAAAAAUAUCAAGAGCUCAAACCAGACUACCUCAGAAUAAGUACUCAGCUUAUGAAUCCCAAUGCAACUGGACUCCACAACACUGCAUUGCCAUGGUUUUGGAGCAUGGAUUUGAAGGGUGACACCUCCCAACAGACCUGUAUAUUUGAAUCUUACCAGGUUCACUGGCUAAGAGCAAAGGCCAUGUACAAUAGGUGGAUAGAAGAAGACAUUCUGGUGUGCCUCAAGGUGAAGCGGAUGUGGAACCAGUUCUCAGAACAGGCAGAGGAUUUAUUCCAGAGGCUAGGCAUAGUGGUUUGA